ACAACAACAUAUCUUCGGCAGGUGUACAACAGCUUGAUGCGAAGUUAAGUUACCAGCACGACUUGCGGAGGGUUUUGUGGAAGCUUUUGGAUGAAACGAAAGUAGUUUAAGGCAAACUACCCAACGGGUUCUUAGUAUUUCGCUGCAGAGUACUGGAAAGCGGUCGUCCGUCCUUUUGACGUGUCGAUACCUCGUGACGUUUGUUAAGGUGUGGUUUUCAGUGUCAACUUCAUUGCUGCAAAGUUCCCCACUCUACGGUGAAUUUUGCACGGGGACGGAUAGCUUUACGAGCAUUACCGUACCGCAACACUUCGCAAAGAUCCACACUCUGCGAGUUCCUUUGACGAGUAAGAAGUGCUUGGUAUCAGUUUGGAACGCAAAGGUGAUUACACUCGUGGACAUAAUCACUCGCCUUAAAAGCAUUUUGACGUCAAAGUAGUGUGUCUCCUUGGUAUUUACAUUGCGAAUUGUCAGCUUAGUCUGUUAGUCAGAUACCAACCACUUCGAAACCACAGUUUCAUCUCAGAGUGUAGUGUAUUCAAAGAAAGAAGUAGGAAAGAUUUAAAAAGGAAAGCUCUGAAUCUUGGAAAGGAUUGCUUAACAAUUCAUCCAUCGAUUUCUAACUAACAAACUACCAAGGAAUUUUCUUUGGAAAACUAAAGGACAAAGACUGCGAGAGUUAAAGGUCAUAAAGAACAUGGCAAGUUCAGGGAACCAAACCAAUCCAACACCAAAUAUGGAACUGCUAUGUCAAGAGAAAACGAAACUUGAGUACAUUUACCAAACAGCAUUUCUGAUCCUUAUCAUGCUGGUGACAUUCCUGGGAAACUUCAUGGUGUGCUUGACUGUAUACCUUCAUCAUCGGCUUCGCACGGUCACCAAUUACUUCAUCGUAUCUCUGGCCGUGUCAGAUUUGUUGCUCUCUCUUCUGUACGUUCCCUUUCGUAUUGACCAAACGAUUCACAAUAGUUACUGGUGCCCCAGAAAGGAAUUAUGUUCAACGUGGAUCGUGAUAGAUUUGGUCUGUGCUGGUGCAUCAAUCUAUAACCUGGCUGCCAUCUCGGUGGACCGCUACAUCGCCAUUGUGCAUCCUUUCAGGUACCAUUCCUUGAUGACCACAAGGGCAGCUUGGAUAAUCAUCGGAAUCAUCUGGGCCUACUCCAUAACCUGGGCGGGUCUUUCCGGCAUAAACUGGACAGACUCUCAGCAAUCACCAUAUAAUUGGUUUCCAAAGUGUUAUAAGCAAGAUAAGAUAUUUUACACUGUUACUACGGUCACGGACUUUUUUUUCCCACUUAUGGUCAUAUUGAUCAUGUACGGACUGGUAUUUCGUGUGGCCAUGAACCAAGCUCGAGCCGUAGCUUCUCUGCAACCUCAACUUUCUAAACAAGAUGGCCGCGGUCGAAGGUUUUCUAUCAACAUCGUUAAAGAAGUCAAAGCUGCCAAGACCUUGGCCAUUGUCAUCGGGGGAUUUGUCGUUUGCUGGUUGCCUUUCUUUGUCUUUUUGCUGGUCAGUCUGUGGGACAUAAGUCUGUUGAGGCCACCUAAAGUCUCGAAGGAGGUCCUCGACGGUUUGCGUGCGACAUUUUUGUACGUGUUACCGACAAUUAACAGCACGUUAAAUCCCAUUAUAUACGCACUAUUUAACAAGGAGUUUAGGACUGCAUUUGUUCGAUUGUUGCGGAGGACAUGUGGAAGAUCAUUGACUAAUUCGGAUGACAUCCAUUACAGCAUGAGUUCCAGCGUAAUGAACGGCAGCCCCAAAACUAAAACGAAUGGCAGAUCGAAAAAGACCAGAUUCCACGAGGUACAAGGCGAUGAGGACGCAAGUUCAUCAGACGAGCCAAAACAUGUUUAGAAUUGCUCUUUUCCCCACUGGGACCUGAAUUUCAUGGCCAUUUGGCUUGGGUUCCGAGAUAAAGAAUUGCCUCCAGAUAACCAUCAGCUGAGAGACGAUGAAAUCCUUUGGAGACGAACCCUGCGAACAAUUUAAAAGUUUGAUUUUCAAUAAGGAUCGUCGGGAAGAUUCAGCCUAUGAACUUAAGGGAACUGAUUUAAGUAAGUCAGGAAUAGUUACACUGGUUCAUCCUGAUGUUAUCCAUGAAAGUCUUUGAUUUUAGAGCAAGUUACUCCUGUCAUAUAACCAUUUUCAGCGAUGAAGAGUGUAACUAAAAUCGCAAGAGAAUAGAAGUGCCGUUAAUUCCAUCUUGUAAAAACAAAACGAUACAAAAAUUAAGACAAUUCUCAGUGUAUCAACAAAUCAUUCUUGAAAAUAGCAGAUAUUUCUGUGAUAGAUAUUUUACCCAUCAUGCAUUGGUCGGCUUCGAACUGAAAAAAUGAGGGCUCAAUGCAACUUGUUCGUAAUUUGCACCCUCUCUUAAAGUUUCCAAAUCGCACAUGAUCGCACAGUUUUUAGGACCUUUCCAUUGGCGCGUAAGAUGGAUAAUUUAAAUUUGAGUACAUAUUUUGAUUAGUUACACGUUAAUUAGGAAACAUCUUGUAGAUUUGUUCAGUUCACUUAGGAAACGAACGCUCGUUGGAUCUAUUUAAAGCACAUGUCUGUCGUUUGUGAAGUUUUGUACAUUCUACCUUCUGUAACCCAUGAUUCAAAUGUAAAUUUGUCCAUUCGCCACAAGGCGAUCGACUGACGUGUAGAAUAUCUCGUUACAUUUUGAAAAUCGUCGUUUGUAAAUAAGGCAUCAACGUAAGUUGAUUGAAUAACUUUUUUGCAUUUAGUGCAGGUUAGUAAGACAUAAUUUCCAUUUCCUUGUUUGAAAUUGACUUAUCCGAACUAGAGUUCAAACAAGUUUUCAAAUUGUUUGCAACCAGAUUACACUUGCAAAUGAUUAUUGGUCUAUUAGAUUUAUGAAACUUUUAGGUUGUGGUAUCAUAUGACAUCGUGUACCUCUAGGGCUCUGCAUUAUUUGUUUCAAGUCGUUGUGUGUAAUAAACGGGUUCUCCUUUAUGAUGAA